AUGAAGAAAACCACUGUUAGGAAGUCUCCUGGUAAAGUCCCUGCUGUUCAUUUGGAUAACAUCUCCUUCCAUCUUGAGGAUGGAGCUGCUAAGUGGAAGUUUGUGAUUCAGAGAAGGGUAGCUGUGGUAAGGGAGUUGGGAAAAGAUGUUGUUGAUGUCAAGGAGGUCAUGGACCUGAUAAAAGUUGUUGGGUUGUUGAAAACUGUUGUUGGGUUCUCUCCAUGCUCUGAAGGUUUAGUUAAGGAAUUUAUUGUUAACAUUCCUGAGGAUAUUGCUGAUAAGAACAACAAGGAGUUCUACAAGGUGUAUCUGAGGGGUAGAAAAAGUGGGGGUGCAGGAGAAUUAGAAGUUACAGACAAUCAAGUCUGCAGGGAGAUUACAACUAGGCAGGUGAAAGUUUGGCUUGUUAAAAAGCAUCUUCCUGCUGGGAAGUUGACUGUCAAGUAUGAUAUCCUGCAUAAAAUAGGAGCUGCCAACUGGGUCCCUACCAACCAUAUCUCUAACAUUUCUAAUACUCUUGGGAGGUUUAUUUUUGUUGUUGGAACAAAAGUGAAUUUUGAUUAUGUUAAGCUGCCAAUUGCCUUUCCCUAUAUGAUCUGUGGUCUUAUCUUGAAUCAACAUCCUGGUAUUAUGUGCUCUAAUGACUUACCUAGUAGAAGAAAGCCUGCUCUAUCUGUGCACUACAAAUUGUUUGAACGAAGUCAUGUCGAGGAUAUUGUCCUGACAUCUGUCAUGAAGAGGCCAACCUCAAAAUUUGGAACUAUUGCUGAGCUUAAGGAGACAUGCAAAGAGCUAGGUGAAGGGAUAAGGAUAGCCACAGCUAGAAAACAAUCGUUGGAAGCCUUGAUUGCAAGCUUAGAGCAGAUUGAGGGUGAAAAUAUUGAUCAUGCUAAUGACAACCAUGAAGAAGAAGCUGGAGCCCACACCUCUAGUGAGAGGUCUGCUAACCAUGAUGAUACAAGUGGCAAUUCUGAUUCUGGUGCUGAUGAAGCUGCAAGCUCAAGCUCUACUGAGUAG